UUAGGUUGUGAACAGCAACAGGGAUGUAGCGUCAGUGGUGGUUGUGGUGAUUCCGUACCAAGUUGUCGUCCCUUGGAGACAAGUGGUAGCGGAAUCGCUUCUGGGGGGGCUGGAGAUAAUCAAGGGCACAAUACGAAUCAAACUCAAGUUCAAUCCCAUGUGACAGUAUCUCCAAUUACUUAUCAACAAAGACCCAAUUCUUUAUCUGCUUGUUACGCAUCUUGUUGUGCCGAAUCUGCGAAAAAGAUAUAUUUUGGAGUGUGUGUCACAAUAUGUGUUACAGCAAGUUGGGUUGGUGCAACACAUUGUAUUAAAUAUUUAUAUUUUGACAAACACGAAAUUUCUACUUAUUCACCGUUUUCUAACUCAUCUAUUACAGGACAUCAUCAGCAUGCGAUUCCAUAUAAUGCUCCAUUCUUUACAACUUGGUUUUGUACAAAUUGGGAAAUUCUUUACUUCCCAGUUUAUUUUCUUUGUCAAUCUGCAAGAAUUAAAUGUAAUACUCCAUCCGAAAUAAUUGCAGAAAGUUUACGAGGUUUUCGUGACAAAGGAUUUACCGGUGGUCGUUUCUUAAUUAGAUGUAGUCUUUUUUGUGGACUUUGGGUAGUUACAAAUUAUAUGUAUAUUUAUUCACUUAGAAUAUUAUUAGCUACCGAUGUAAUGGCACUUUUUGCAACAAAUGUAUCUUGUGUGUAUUUAUUAUCAUGGGUUAUUCUUCAUGAACAAUUUGUUGGAGUAAGGAUAGUAGCAGUCAUUUUAUGCAAUACUGGAAUUGCACUUUUAGCAUAUAUGGAUGGCAUAACAGGAAGUCCAACUUUAGGAGGUGUUGUUUUAGCAACAUCGGCAGCGGCUGGUUCAGCAGUUUAUAAGGUGCUGUUUAAGAAAGUCAUAGGAGAAACAACAUUUGGUCAAAUGUCUUUAUUCUUUUCACUUAUUGGAUUGUGCAAUGCAGCAUUAUUGUGGCCAAUUUGUUUAGCUCUUUACUUUUCGGGAGCAGAAAGCAUACAAUGGGGACGAUUACCAUGGACAGCAUUACUUUCGGCAAGCAUUUUGCAUUUAAUUGCAAACAUGCUUGGUAACUUCAGUAUUGCUUUGACCUAUGACCUAUUCAUUACAUUAGGAUUGAUCACCGCUGUACCUGUAUCCGCAGCAUUGGAUGUUCUUUUAUACGGAGCUCAUUUUAUGGGCAUGAAAUUGGCAGGAAUGAUUUUUAUAGCAGUUGGCUUCUUUCUCGUGAUGUUUCCAGAUAAUUGGCCAGAUUACAUAACCAGACUACUCCGAAACAUAGUCCUCAUGAGUUACAGUUCGAGUACCACGGGCGGACAGCAGCGAAGGGGCACUUUUGCUAGAAGCCGGUAUUCCUCAAUUCAACAACGGCAAUAUCGGCUACGAAGUUACGGUGUUUCAUCGGCAUACGGUGAUGGCCAAAUGUUACUGCCAAUGAACAACAGUAACAGCAAUCAAGUUAAUAGCAGCCAGUCAAGCAGCGAGAUACUGAUGACAACGAGUGCGAAUCUGACGCAUCGGCACAUUAACUCGUCUCAGCAGAACAACAUGGGUUCCGAAUCCCAACGUCGCCGAAUUCCUAUUUCCAUUACAACCUCAACCUUGACUCCGAUUUCAACUUCCAUCAUGACAACUAUCUCGACUUCGACUUCGACCUCGACCUCAACCUCAAUCACAACCUCGACCGCAACGAAUAAUCAUCAACGUUCCCAUCCCCCUGGUCUUCAGAACUAAUAACAAGAUGGAGUAGAAGACAUGGACAUGGAGUAUCAGGAGGUACGCAACGUGAUGUAAUUGAUUAUCGCACUGGCUAUAUAAAAUCACAUCUUCGUUCUCCUUCAGGAAGAGUUCGGUGACUACGUGUACUAUCAUUUCAGGUAGAAUUAAUUUGUCAAAACAGUAAUAUAUGGAAAUGUUUCAAUUUUAAAUAUCUC